GGGAUGAGUGGCACAUUAACGACGCCGAAUCCUGGGGACUCCGCAACAAGUCCCAGUGGACUGUAGCGGCAGAACGUAUGUCCAAGCCCUUCUUCAGACGUCUGGGCCUGAAGCGCCCCGCCUCUAUCAUGCUUGCUCUCGUCCCACCAUUUGAUCAGCAGCAACCAGUCGCAGAAUCCACCUCGACAAUCUUGGGCUAUGCCCAAGAUUACUACUCCUAUCUCCUCUCGGAAGAACAAGAAGGCUUCCAAGCUGAUGCCGCUCACCAUCUAGACGAAGACGUAUGGAGUAAGAUAGCAGUCAAGCUGGACGCGAAUCACAAACAAGAGCUGGAACGACCAAUCACCCAAGAGGACAUCCUGUGCGCAUUGGCUGACAUGCCGUCAGGUAAAGCUCCUGGUCCCGAUGUGAUGCCUGUGGAGCAUCUUAAAACAUGUGCACAGGCUCUCAUGCCACAUCUACUUGAAGGUUUCAAUUCUGUAUGGGAACAGGGUCAGGGCUUGCCUAAAGACUUUGGCUUGGCCUCUAUCAUCUUGGUGUACAAGAAGGGCUCCCCCAAGGACAUUAGGAACUGGCGGCCUAUUUCGCUGCUUUCUGCCCCUUACAAGCUCCUUGCCAAGGUCCUUGCUAAUCGCCUUGCCGCCCACCUCCCGUGGCUGAUCAAUAGCACUCAGACGGGAUUUAUCCCGGGCAGGCGCAUACACACAAGUGUCUUGUUGGCGCGGCAGGUCAUAUGGCAAGCCCUUCGCCAAGACCCACCGGGCGCUUUUGUUCUCCUCGAUUUCGAAAAGGCCUAUGAAAGGGUAGCAUGGCCCUUCCUGCUCGAAGGUAUGGAACACCGAGGAAUUGGUCUGAGGUUCCUCACUACAGUCCGAGCGCUGCUGACAAGUGCACAGUCGCGGCUCCUCAUCAAUGGCUUCCUCUCUAACCCGCUUAAGGUCACACGCUCGGUGAGGCAAGGAUGUCCCCUGUCCCCUGCGCUCUACGCACUGUACAUUGAGCACCUUCACGAUAUGCUCAGAGCAGAUGACUCACUGGUCGGACUGAGGCUCCAGCAAGGCGACCAGAUGAAAAUCUCGGCAUUCGCUGACGACACAGGUGCCAUCACCAUCCUCAAACAUCAGAGCGUCCAAGCCCUCCGCAAGCAGAUCAGAGCGUUUGAACGACACGCAGGGGCAAGGCUAAAUUGGCACAAAUCUGUGGUACUGCUUCCGGCGGCCCCCCUCUUUGAGGGGAUGCGGACCCAACCCAUGACGGAAGCGUCCACUUAUCUUGGCAUUACUAUGCCAGAUGCCCUUACGGAGGGCACUCAAAUGGAAGGACUGAUGACCAAGGCAACUAGAAGGAUGGCUCUCUGCGGCAAAGUACUCAGCACCGGCGUAUUCGGCCGAGCCUUCCUCGCCAAUACCGCUGCCUCGUCGAUGCUAUGGUACGCCGGAGCUGUCUCCACCCCUGAUCCCGUCCCUCGUCAGGAUUACAGAACGGCGGUAUGCAAGUUUAUUUGGAAGAACAACCCGGUCGCUGCUCAUGCCAUUCAUAGAGUAUCCUUGCGUAAGCUCAUCCAACCCCGGGCUGACGGGGGGCUCGGCCUAAUAGGCCCUGACACGCAAAUUCAGGCUCUGCACCUGCGCACAAUUGUGUGGCUGCUCCUUGAGGAUGACAAGGCCCAUUGGAAGAUUCUGACUCUUCAAACGAUGGCUGAGGCCCUAAGACUUCGACCAUUGGAGGUUGAGACUGCCCUGCUCCAUCCCGCGCUCCUCACAAACCUCAAGCGUGGAGCCCUUUGGACCCCGCUCCUUGCACAAUGGCGAACACUCGCCCCGCUGCAGAUCCAGCCUCCUGAGUCGACAGACCAAAUCUUGCAGCAGCCGUUAUUUGGCAACCCCCUCAUCUGUGACGGGGAGGGAAACCCCUUCCCCUGGGCAAGCACUAAAGGUGCAUUUGGCAGAGCUUCGCUCCGGGCCGGAGUGUUCAGAGUUGCAGAUCUUUGGGACCAGGAGACCAAGAACUGGAAAGACGACAAACACAUCCUCGCGCAACUGGACGGACAAACCACUAAGCGCGAACGCCUUUCCGCUAUCCGCCAGGCCAUCCCACAAGACUGGAUUCUCGCCCUCAAGCUCAACGCCAGACAUCUCGGGGGAGUGGGUUGUCAAGAAAGACGAGGACCCGAGCUGUAUGGUCUUCCAGAUCUGCGGCGUACUUAGCAAUUCAUGGCUCAGGGUGGAGGCCUGGGAGAAUCGCCUGACUACGGAAGUA